UCGUACGAACAAGUCUUUUCGAUCGUAUAUUGCCGAUCAGUGAGGUGGCCGGUUUGGCACGAAAGUUUGCUUUAGGCACAGUACUGCCUCGCCCUUCCUCGGCUUUCUGUUAUUUGUGAAAGAAAAACAGCACUAUGGCAGCCAACCUGACGCCGGAGGAAAAGGAGAACCUCAUCACCCGCAACCUGCAGGAGGUGCUGGGGCAGGACAAUCUCCGGACGGUUCUCAAGGAGCGUGACCUUAAAAUAUACUGGGGCACGGCUACGACGGGCAAACCUCAUAUCGCCUACUUUGUCCCAAUGUCGAAGGUGGCCGAUUUCCUGAAGGCGGGAUGUGAAGUUACGAUCUUAUUCGCCGAUUUGCAUGCCUACCUCGACAAUAUGAAGGCACCGUGGUCGUUGCUGCAGGAGCGCACAAAGUACUACGAGGCGGUUAUCAAAGCAAUGCUUACCUCGUUGGGUGUUCCGCUGGAAAAGUUGCGGUUCGUGCGAGGAACGGACUACCAGCUGUCGAAGGAGUACACCCUGGACGUAUACCGCCUGUCGUCGGUUGUGACGCAGCACGACGCAAAGAAGGCCGGUGCCGAGGUGGUUAAGCAGGUCGAACAUCCGUUGAUGUCCGGCAUACUCUACCCGGGACUGCAGGCGCUGGACGAAGAGUAUCUCAAGGUGGACGCACAGUUCGGUGGCAUUGAUCAGCGGAAGAUUUUUACCUUCGCCGAGAAGUACCUCCCGCAGUUGGGUUACGCUAAGCGCAUUCAUCUUAUGAAUCCGAUGAUACCCGGACUGGCCGGUGGAAAGAUGUCGUCCAGUGAGGAGGAUUCGAAAAUCGAUCUGCUCGACAGUGCGGCGAAGGUCAAGAGCAAAAUUAAGAAGGCUUUCUGCGAGCCGGGCAACAUCGAGGACAAUGGACUGCUAAAGUUUGUGAAGCACGUCGUCUAUCCGAUGUUUAAGGAAGGUGAAGUAUUCACUGUUCCUCGGAAACCGGACUUCGGUGGCGAUAUGGUGUUUGCCGAGUACGAAAAGCUGGAGGCCUGCUUUGCCGCGCAAGAGUUGCAUCCCGGCGAUCUGAAGGCAGCCGUCGAGGGAUAUAUUAAUCGUCUGCUGGAACCGAUUCGAAAGAUUUUCGAUACCGACUACUAUCGGGAGCUGACGGAGCGUGCGUAUCCAGCGCCAACCAAGGCCGGUAAGCAACCACCGGGCGGCGCAAAAGCGCAAUCCGCCAAUAAUGCGUCCGCACCGUCAGCCGGCGCUGCCGGGGAGAACACUCCCGAUAAGCUGGAGCUGAAGGUGGGACAAAUUUUGGACGCUAUCAAGCACCCCGACGCGGACAGUCUGUGCGUACUGACGGUGGACAUAGGUGGUGGGGAGCGGAAAUCGAUCGUUAGCAAUCUGGUGGCUCACUACUCGUUGGAACAGCUCCGCGAACGGUUGGUGGUGGUGCUGACGAACAUGAAGGCAUCGAAAAUUCGUGGCGUCGAAAGUGAAGGUUUGGUGCUGUAUGCGGCCGGUACGGAAAAGUGCGAGGCGCUUGCAGUCCCGGCGGGUUCCAAGGUAGGAGAGCGCAUCAUUGUGGAAGGAUUCGAUAACACGAGCAAUCCGGUGCCGGCGUUAAACCCGAAGAAGAAGGUUUGGGACAAGAUCCAGGCGGAACUGCGCACCGGUGCCGAAGGGGAGGCGCUGUGGAAAGACUUCUCCCUCAUGACGCUGAACGGAGAUCGAGUAACGAGUUCGCUUCCAGGAUGCAGUAUCAAGUAAUUGCUGGCAUUCCGGUGUUACGGAGAUUUUUCUCACUAGCGAGAAACGAGACAGUGCUUUCGAUUGCAUUUCAAACUUGCUUAAUUGGCCCACGUGACGCUCUUGCGGGUUGUGUCAUGGGAUGACAAAAUAUCGUUUACGUUUUCUACUCAUUUUUCGCAAAGUAAUUUAUUAAAUUACAUCGCAAGUUAAU